CUCUGCCAAACAACACAAGCAACCAUCAUUUCCCCUUCUUCUCAUAGCAUUGAGCGAGAUAGCUGAAGAGAGAGCGGAAUCAUGGCUGCCUCUCAGACCCAAUUCUUCCUCUUCACCUUCCUCCUGAUUGCCGUCUCCCUCCAAGCCCAGGCAAGGGAGAGCCGCUUCUUCAGCAAGACCACACCCUUCGAGCAACCAAGGCAAGGAGAAGACCUGCCGCAACAGCAGCAGGAGGUUCAGAGCGAGUUCACUCCACUCUCUUCCUUCAAGGAGACCUCCCUAUCAGAAGAAAACCAGAACGGCCAUGGCCUCUACAGCCACGAGCCCACCCAAUUCCCUCCCACCACCACCACCACCACUCCCACCACCACCAAUCCUGAAACCCAGUUUACUCCCAUCGACUACACCUCCUUCAAGACGACCACCAACGAGUACAACAGCUUCGACAGCAAGGACGUCAACACUGGAUUCUCCGGCUACGGCAUGAGCGACACCAGGCUCCUCGAGAAAGGCAAGUACUUCUAUGACAUUCAGAAGGAAGGAUAUCAGAAGGACUUCCCUUAUCAGAAGGGAACUUCUGGCUCUGGUUUCGAGUACCCAACAGCGAACAGAUAUGGAGGAUAUGGCAGUGAGAAGUAUGAAGGAUACGAGAACACAUAUGGAGGAUACAAUGGUAACCAGAACAGAUAUGGAGGAUACGGUGGCAAUGAGAACUUCAAUGGAGGUUAUGGCGGCAAAGAGAAUGAGAAGGGCUACGUUGAGCCUAACAACUUCUACAACGAGUACAAGAACGACGAAUUCAUUCCUUAGAUACAGCCCUUUUCUGCUCUCUAUAUUCUUGAGCUCUUACGGCUUUUAAAUACCUGCAGAAUGUUGUUAAAGUGUUGAUGCAGUGAUCUGUAAUACGGUUUUUUCUCUUUUCUUUUAGUCUUAUAUGAAAUUGCAAAGUGAAUAACUUCACAAUGUGUUGCUAUCGAUCUAAUUCCACUUUUGUAGCAAGGUGUUGGUGCUUGGUUUUUGUACACAAUCAAGUGGAUAUUCCGGGGACUGUUUUCUGCAUUAAA